AGCCACAUAUUUGGGCCCUGGAAGGAGAUAGAGACUGAAAUCUGAUUGGAUGAAACAUUAAUAAUCCACACAGAUGAACGGGAAGAAGCUGAGCCAAGAAAAGGCUUCAUUAAAUUGAGUUAUUUAAUUAAUGACCAUUUAAGGUUGUAGGAAUAUGUCAGAGGCUCUGGUAGUUUAGAUCAGCAGAGAAGGACUUUAUGUAAAACAGAGUCACAAUGACUGCAGAUGUGGGUGUGAGACCGAACAUGACGAAGGGAAACUGAGAUGAGUGAGGCUUAGUGAGUCCUAUUUCUGAUACUUUAAAGAAGAACAAAAACAACUAAAACAUUGUUUUUCUUUUGCAAGAUGCACAGAUAUCAGGUCAAAGGUGAGGUGACGUUUGGCGUCCUUGGUGUCCACGUCCACAUCUGGGUAAAAACAUUUCACGAAACAAACACAGGACCAAGAGAAGAGGAGCAAACAUGCAUGAGGUGAUAAUUAUCUCCCAGUGACCUGCAGCCAUGAGGAUCCUGCCUCUGCCUCUGCUUCUCUGUGGCUUGAUGCUUCUGAGCAGCGUUAAUGAGAUCAAUGGACAUAGAACUUACUGCCCUCAUGGUUGGCGUCUGAUCCAUGGACGCUGUUUCAAGUAUGUCCCGAGACGUAUGACUUGGGCCAAAGCUGAGAGAAAUUGCAUUUCCAUGGGAGGAAACCUUGCAUCUGUGCACAGUUCUGAUGAAUACCAUGGAAUUCAGGGGCUCAUUUUGCAGGUCACACAUGAGAUGAGAGAAGCGUGGAUCGGCGGCACUGAUGCAGCUGAGGAAAAUCAUUGGCAUUGGUCUGAUGGGACGCUGAUGAUGUUUACAAACUGGUGUCCCGGAGAACCCAACAAUCAUGCUUAUCACCAGCACUGCAUGCAAAUGAAUUUCUCAGGAGAAAGGUGCUGGGACGAUUACAGAUGUACGGUCCGCCUACCCUCUGUCUGCGUUUUGAAGAAAUGAAGCAGGGCUGAGCUGAAGACAUGAAGAAUCUUCCUCAUUUCACGUCUUUUAUUUUCCAUCUAUGCUGCUUGACGGAUGACGCGACGCAGCACAUCGACAGAGGAACUCUGUCUUGCUUCUCAUGCGAUCAGAACAAAUGUACUGUAAAGUAAUUCCUUCAUGUACUUUCUUGCUGAUUAAACUUUCAUUCUUGUUCUUUGCAAAAUUAAACGGCAGGCAUUAAAAUA